AUGGCCAGGCCACAGAGAACCCCGGCGCGCAGUCCCGACAGCAUCGUGGAGGUGAAGAGCAAACUCUUCCCCUGCCUCCAGUUUGACGCCGAGUUCCGACGCUUCGCGCUGCCCCGCGCUUCGGUGAGUGGCUUCCAAGAGUUUUUGAGGUUACUGCGUGUGGUGCAUCAGAUCCCAGGGCUGGACGUGCUGCUUGGCUAUACAGAUGCUCACGGCGACCUACUGCCCCUCACCAACGACGACAGCCUGCACCGGGCCCUGGCCAGCGGGCCCCCACCGCUGCGCCUGCUAGUGCAGAAGCGGGCAGAAGCUGACUCCAGCGGCCUGGCCUUUGCCUCCAACUCUCUGCAACGGCGUAAGAAAGGGCUCCUACUUCGGCCAGUGGCACCUCUGCGCACCCGGCCGCCCCUCCUAAUCAGCCUGCCCCAAGAUUUCCGCCAGGUUUCUUCAGUCAUAGACGUGGACUUACUGCCUGAGACCCACCGGCGGGUGAGGCUGCACAAGCAUGGUUCUGACCGCCCCCUAGGUUUCUACAUCCGAGAUGGCAUGAGCGUGCGUGUAGCUCCCCAGGGCCUGGAACGGGUCCCAGGCAUCUUCAUUUCUCGCCUGGUACGAGGGGGCCUGGCUGAGAGUACAGGGCUGCUGGCAGUCAGUGAUGAGAUCCUCGAAGUCAACGGCAUUGAGGUGGCUGGGAAGACCUUGGACCAAGUGACAGAUAUGAUGGUCGCCAACAGCCACAACCUCAUUGUCACUGUCAAGCCAGCCAAUCAGCGCAAUAAUGUGGUGCGUGGGGCAUCUGGGCGUCUGACAGGGCCUCCUUCUGCUGGGCCUGGGCCUGCUGAGCCCGAUAGCGAUGAUGACAGUAGUGAUCUAGUCAUUGAGAACCGCCAGCCUCCCUGUUCCAAUGGGCUGUCUCAGGGGCCUCCAUGCUGGAACCUGCACCCAGGCCGCCUACUUCCAAGUUCCCGCAGCUCUCUGCCAUCCCUGGAUGAUCAGGAGCAAGCCAGCUCUGGCUGGGGGAGUAGUAUGCGAGGAGAUGGUAGUGGCUUCAGCCUCUGAUACACAAGGAAGCAGCCCCUUGCCACUCCAGGGGACUUCCCCAGUGGGGGUUUUAGCUUGCUCACAGGGCCCUCUCAGAUUGGGGAACAUUAAAGGUUUUCUACAAAUGCA